UUUUGCGCUGCCAUUCCAAAGAAAAUAAAAUGAAAUUUAGGAGAAAUGGAUGCUAAGGAAAAAACCUGGCUGGCUUACAUGAUCAACUGUAGCUUUUUCUUGAGAUAGUCAUUUAUCUUAAUUGAAGUGAAAUGUCUAGAACAACGGAGUCUUCAGUAGAGGGUCUGAGCAGCCCAGACGCUGCAUCUGUCCAGGAGCUGCGGCAGCUGCUGCAAGACGUCCAGCUGCAGCAUUUCUUACCUCGGCUUCGUGAUGACCUUCAGGUAACUCAACUAAGCCAUUUUGAGUUUGUGCGCUGUGAAGAUUUGGAGCGCAUUGGGCUAGGCAAGCCAGCGGCCCGACGUCUUCUGGAUGCCGUCAAAAAGCGACGGGCCGUUCUGUGGCGGAAGGCUGUCCUGGCUAAGCUGCGGCCGGGGGUGUCGGGAGGCACUGCAAGUUUCCCCUCCAAGAAAGAAGACAUCACUUCUGUGCCUCCUGAUGUUCCUGGAGGCCUCACAUGCCUCAUUCAAGAGAAGGACAUAGUGAUGGGCAAGCGGCUGGGUGAUGGUAGCUUUGGUGUGGUCAAGGAGGGUCAAUGGACCACAUCCAAUGGGGCGGUCAAGAAGGUGGCGGUGAAGAUGCUGAAGGUGGACGUGGUGGCGGUGGCCGGAGCUUUGGAAGACUUCAUGAGGGAGGUGGCAGCCAUGACAGAGCUGUCGCACCCCAACCUGAUACGGUACUGUCACCCCCAACCUGAUACUGUCACCCCCAACCUGAUACUGUCACCCCAACCUGGUAUGUCACCCCAACCUGAUACUGCAAAGCUGGGGGACUUUGGACUGUCUCGCUCCCUGAACCAGUCUGACGACUGCUACAUCAUGACGGAGCCGAAGAAGGUGCCCUUCCCCUGGUGUGCCCCUGAGAGUCUUAAGACCAAGACUUUCUCCCAUGCUUCGGACAUAUGGAUGUUCGGGGUGACGGUGUGGGAGGUGUACAGUCGUGGGCAGGAGCCCUGGGCGGGGCUCAACGGCGCUCAAAUUCUCAGCAAAAUCGACGCAGGCGAGAGGCUCAGUAAACCUGUCGCCUGCAGCCAUGCUACCUACACACUCAUCACUCAGGUGACUCAUCACUCGUCUGCUCACUCAGGUGACUCAUCACUCGUCUGCUCACUCAGGUGUGUUGCUGUGGGGGACAGUGUUGCUGUGGUGCACGGCAGGUGUGUUGCUGUGGGGGACAGUGUUGCUGUGGGGGACAGUGUUGCUGUGGUGCACGGCAGUGCGGACGCGUUUUGGUGGGUGGGGGAGAACGAGCGCACGAGGGAGGUGGGGGAGUUCCCCCGCUGUAUCCUGGAUACGGCCCGCCCCUUCCUCCCCCAGGACAUCAGCUCCCCCCUGCGCAACUCCUUCAUUCAUACGGGUCACGGUGGCAGCGACAAGACGUGGGGACACCCCAGCCAUAUAGACGAGGUGUUCCUACGCAACCCCCUCACCCCCACUGGUGGGGACCCUUCAUCCCACCUCACUCCCACUGGGGGGGACUUGUCAUCCCACCUCGUCUCGGGCAAGCCUCCCCAUCACCGCAAGCACAAGCAUGCUAGUCUGCGUGUGAAGGCAAGUACCCGGCAGGGGGCGGAGCGUCUCUUCCAGUACAACAAACUUGCCCCCCACACCUGGCCUGACGACUUGACUCCUGCCCCAGCGGCUGCCCCCCAGGACGCACCCGGGGACCCCCCGUUGUCACGUCUUCGCUCGUACUCUGCCAGCGACCUGCGUACCUCCCCUCCUCCUCCCCACACCCCCACACUCCCCGCACUCCCCUCCCUCAGGGGGAGUGUGUCAUCCCUCAGUGACCUCCCCACUCAGCUCUCUCCACCCUCACCCCCCUCAUCCCUGCACCAGCCCACCUACUGCAACGUCCCGUCGGGUGAAGCCCCCCACGAGCUGGCCUCCGGUGGAGGGGAGGUUAGAGUCCCCGUGCGCCCCCCGCCCGCGCCCCCCGUGGCCAAACCCUCCCUGCCGCCCCCCGAGGACGAAACCUACGAUGGCUCAGACUCUGACAGUUUUUAUGACGACUUCUCGACCGUGUAUGAGAACUCGGAGCAGUGGGUCCAGGGGGCCCAGUCCCACGCGGUCUAUGGUAACAUUAAUGGGACCAAUUACGGGCCUUCUUCGGUCCCAGUUAUGUCCCAGGACCCAAUUUACGGAAAUGAAGCACCAAUUAACAAUAGGUCCAAUUUGCAGCAAGAGGUUUCAGUGACUGUCGCUGCCGACAUGGGUACAGUGUAUGAUGAACCUCCGCUGGAGUUUCCUUCAGUAGGAUAUGGGUCUCGGAACUUUCCGUUUUCAAGUGUUGAUGAUAAUCAUGAAUCUCAAAUAUUUGCUGCCUCUGCCUUCAAUGAUAAUUGUCACAUGAUGCAAGACAUUUCACGGGAACGAUCGGAAGCUCGCGGUGAAGGAAGUCCCGUGGAUUUGAGACCUACAAAAGCUGGACAAAAUUUACAGCUUGCCAGACAAUCGCUACCUGCUUCAAGUACUAAUACACAAAAUAUUGACGCUAGUUCAAUGAGGAAUUCAAUGCCAGGUUUUGAAACACAAUUUCCAGAUACAACAGGACCUUUCAAGAUGCCCAGUGGCCAAAUUUCUAACGAGGCGAAUGCCUCGACUCCUCGGGCCGAAGUUGCCAGCGUUCUCAGUUCACAGCUGAGCAAGAUGUGGCUUAGAUCCAUGGCUCAGUCCCCUUCGUCAGUGCCUUCUUCGCCCUUCAAGACAUCACAAAGCGUUAACAGGAACACGUCAGUCGUCAUGACGACAUCGUCUCAACAGACGUCGAUGACAUCGAACGUCUUCUCAGCAACCGACGACGAGCGUAGCGAUAGCGGGAGCUAUGCCACUCUUCCUAGAGCGCACAACAGCGAUAAGAACUCCGAUAUCAGCAACAGAGAUAACAAGAACGUGUCGCUUGUCAACCCUCAAACUCGCGAUAUGCUCACCCAUAUCAAAAAUAACUCCAACUUUCUGAAAGACCUCGAGAAAAGUUUAGGCAAAGCCCAAAUAAGUGCGAAUACUUAUUCAGGCGUCCGUUCUCCCGGUCUGGUACAAGAAGUCCAAUCUUCCUCUGCGAAUUCUGGGUUACUGAUGAAAACUAGUAGUAUUUCUACCACUGGCAACACCACGCAUUCAGACAUGAAUGAACGUAGCACAAAUGUUGUGCGUGUUGCGUCCUCUGAUAUUUUCCAAGGCGCACAAGGAAAUCUGGCCGGUCAACCGAAGCCUUUGCAGGAAUCAAAAUUGAAUCUUGCUUCUACGACGAGCUCGUUUAAUCUUCCUGCCACUGCCUCGUUUACAACUCCGUUUACUGAUUCGUUCAAUCCUUCUUUCAGUGAUUCUUUUUGUCCGACAUUCUCGUCUGCUACUGUUACACAGUCUGCUGGUGCGCAGUCUGCUGUUACGCAGUCUGUUGGUGCGCAGUCUGCUGGUGCGCAGUCGAGCGGUGCGUUUUCAGACCUGAACGUUGAGGUAUCAUCAAAAACGCUGGGUCUGGAGACCAAGGCCACGGUUGAUACACGUCGAUUUUUCGCCAAGAACACGGCCCACGUGCGGCCUAUCGUGCAGACCACGCCUAGGCCUCCUUCGCCAUUUCUAUUUCAACAAACCCGAGCUUUAUUUCCUUCGUCUCAUCAGCCCGCUUCUGACAUGACCAUGAACUACCCAGCAAACGCCGGUCCCGUGUUCUCGAGCGCCGGUCCCGCGUUCUCGAGCGCCGGUCCCGGGUUCUCGAGCUCCGGUUCCGCGUUCUCCAGCGCCGGUCCCGCGUUUUCGAGCGCCGGUCCCGCGUUCUCAAGCACCGGUCCCGCGUUCUCAAGCACCGGUCCCGCGUUCUCGAGCUCCGGUCUCGGGUUCUCGAACGUCGAUAGUUCUGCAGGCACGUUAGACGUCGCUAACGCAUCCUACACGUCGCCAAACGUUCCCUUUGGGAGCUCCAGUAGCUCCAGCGUCGGGAACUUUGCGGGUCCGCUCAGUGGGCAGCAGCAACAACAGCAGUUACAACGUCGACCGGAGAUUGCCAUCCAACCAACGCUCGUUCUCAGCCCGCAAGUUACCGUUAAUUACAAUCAGCUGAUGUGCGGUGGUGACGGUACAGCAGGUGCAGGCUCAGGUGCAGCAGCUGCCGAGCAGCUGGUGCUGCGCGUGGCAGCUGCAGUGUCGGGGAGCACCGCCCCCGAGGCCCGCCAGGCGCUGCACGUCGCGGGGGGCGAAUACCGGGGGGCUGUGCAGUACCUGAAGGUGGAGAAGCUCUACAGGUGCAGUACCUUCGCUCUCAUGCUGUUCUUUUGUUACCACGUUGCUCUUUCAUCAUUGAUUUAUCCACUCUGA